UCAUGAACAUUAUGUUAUGUCAGUCUGUUUCUCUCCUGAUGGAAAUACAUUAGCUUCUGGUAGUGAAGAUAACUCUAUCCGUCUAUGGGAUGUCAAAACAGGAUAAUAAAAAGCUUAAUUAGAUGGUCAUGAUGAAGCUGUAAUAUCAGUCUGUUUCUCUCCUGAUGGAAAUACAUUAGCUUCUGGAAGUAGUGAUUAGUCUAUCCGUCUAAGGGAUGUCAAAACAGGAGAAGAAAUUAAAUCCUCUGAUAAAAACUACAAAGAUAUUCUUGCAUAAUUUAAGAUUCCACUCCAAUAACAUAGCCAUAUUUCGGAAGGUAGUAUUUAUGCCCUAUCAUAUUUUUAGCCUCCAAUUACAUCACUACACUACUUAUAUCCUAAGAAGCAAUAUUUCAAGCCAAAGGAGCUUUAAUUUUGAGAGGAGAGUUUAUCAAUCAAUCAGGUAUAGAUUUAAAGACAUUGUUUAAACAAAAAGGAAGUUGCUUUUUGGAAGACCUUAAGUAAAAGUGA